UCAUUAUUUUGCAUUUCUUCCAUUUUAAAGUUCUUAAUCUCCAACUAUGCUGGGUUAAGUUUAACUCAUGCAUUUCUGCUGUAGGAAGGACAAUUUCCUCAUGAGAAUUUUAAUUCUGGGCCAUGCAUGACUUCAACACCUGGAGAGACACUCUGUGCAGCAGUUUCAGCUUCUGCAUGGGUGGAGCCUCAUGGGAAAUGUACUGUUGCAUUUUCUUUAGCAUGGUCAUCUCUGAAAAUUAAGUUUUCAAAAGGAAGUUCAUAUCAUAGGAGGUACACAAAGUUCUAUGGUACCUCUGAACUAGUAGCUAAAGAGUUGGUGCAUGAUUCCCUAACAAAUUAUAAGCGGUGGGAAGAAGAUAUUGAGAAAUGGCAAAGUCCCAUUCUUAAUGAUGACAGGCUUCCAGAAUGGUAAAUAGUGAUUUAUGAUUAUCCUAUUAUAACUUUCUUA